AUUUGCUUUUGCCUCAGUAUCUGAGCGAUUUUCGACAAGUGACGGUCGACUUACGGCGUGAUACACAACAAAUUAUUAUUAUUAUUUUUUUUAAAGAUUGAUUUUCGAAAAAAAAUACCUACAAAGCGAAAUAGAUUAAACAAACAGUGAUUUAGUUUUAUGUAUUUUUUCCUCAUACAAAAAUAAAAUCUGAAAGAAGAGAGUGUGCAAUAAAAUAGUCGAAUAAAAAGUACGACUUUGAUUAAUGAAAUGUUUCAUAUUCAUAAGUUUGCUUCUGUGAUUUGUGAUGCAUAGCUUAGAUAGUUCUUUUCUAGCUUAGCUGUAACUCUUCUGAUUUCUUAUUGAAUUAGGUAAAAAUUUAAUAAUUUUGAACGGUAAAAAGUAUCUUUUUUUUUGUUUUAUUUUCUUCUUUUAUCUGAUGUUUGCCUAGUCUAUUCUUUCUAUACGAGAAGACUUGCAUGCAGAUAUUGCGGCGAAUUAAACUAACCAAAAAAAAAAAGAAAUAUCGCAGCUAAAAGAUAAAAGCAAAAAGCAACAAGUAGCAAACAAGACCGUCCCUUCUCUUGUAUCUUGUUGUGUGUUACUUAGGCUAUGGCUAGGUUAGGCUAAGGCUAUAUGGAUUUGGCCAAAAUUGUUUUAUGUCGGUUUCGGUUUCGGUUUGCAUUUAUAGAUAUGUACAUAAAUGUCGGCAUUUUGAAGUGAAGUGUAGUUCGGAAAAAAACACGCCUUCGUUCCCAUAAAAGAGAAAAAAAUCCCUGUAAAAUUUAUCACGGUUUCGCUGUAAAAUUAUGGUUACUCAUUUUUAUCACGUUUUUUCCCCAUCUUUUCCACUUUUAUAAUUAAAGCUAUUAUUAUUAUUACAGUUUAUGACAUUAUAAUGUGCUCUUAAGAUUACACAGUUUUUUAAACAAAUUAAUAACUCACUUAUAACUAAAUUCCCCUUUUUCAAAAAAAAAGUUUUCAAAAACGAAAACGAAAGAAACAACGACGACGCAGCAAAAUUAUAUAAGUAAUAUGAGUGUGCGCCCUAUUUUCUUUUAUUAAUGUAAAAAAGUAAUGAGUAAAAUAACACAAAACAAAACAACAACAAAAAAAUCUAUUAAAGUGAAUGAAAGAAAAUGAAAAAAGAAAACAAAAUAAUUAAAGAAAAUUAAAUCAAAAGUAAAACAAAGAAAGUAAAAUAAAGUAAAGUAGAGUAAAUUAAAAAAAAUAAAACAAUUAAGGGGCCAAAUUAGGCACUUACGCCGCGUGCAGAUAAAAAGUUAAUAUUUAAAAAAUAACCACAAAAGUGUGUGGGUUUUGAAAUAUUGUCUGUGUGUUUGUGCGAUUGAGUGUAAGUUCGCGGCGAUUUCAUUAAAGAUUUAUGGAAAAUUUCCUGGGACGGGUUUUUUUUUGGUCUUUAAGUCCGAUCUUAAUGUUUUAUUUUGAAUUAAUGUUUUGUUUAUAUUUUUCAUAUGAAAUUAAUUUAGUGGAAAUAAAUAAUUUAAUUUAAAAAUGGAAAUUAUUGCAUCUAUUAAAUAAUUAAAUCAAAUCAAAGCUAUCUGUUUGUCGUUUUUAUCUUCGCUGCGAAAUGAAAUUUAAUACAAAUAAAAAAAAGAAAAUAAUUUAAAAAAAUAUCUUCCCUCAGUUUUGAGUGUAAAUUACUUAAAUCAGUUUUAUUUUUCAGUUCGCUGUUUAUUCUUCUCUCUUAACUGUUGGUAGUUUGUUCAAUAAACGAGUGUACCGAAUAUACAUAUCGACUACCGUUUGUUUUUGUUUUUAAUUCUUUUUGGAGCAAUCUUCGUCCAAAAAAAAAAUACGAAAAAAUUAAUAUAUUCUCAGAUUUGUGUUAGUGUUAAGAUUUAUUUUUAUUAUUGUUUUUUUUUGAGAGUUUGUGUGUGUGUUAUAAUGCGCGAUCAUCUUGUUACGGAUGAAUCUACACAGCAAAAGCAAAAUCGGAAAAACAAAUAUUAUAACAACAACAACAACAACGUCAAAUCAUCAUCAACAAUAUCAUCAACAUCAUCAACAUCCUCAAUUGCAACAACAACAACAGCAACUUCAAUUUCAAUACGAAAUAAAUACAACUCACUUAAUACAACAGGAACAAGAAACAUUGGCAACUAUACAACAUCAACAACAACAUCAACAACAACAACAACCACACACUGUCAUCAACCGAAUACAAUCCGAUAUUGGAAAUUGUAUCCGUGUGUGGAGAUUAAAACAUAAAAAAGACAAAAGGAAAAAAGGAUUGCAUUUACGUAGUAUAGAAGAGCCUCAGCAAACAUCGAACAGGAUGCCGUCUGAGCAGGGGGGCACAGGAAUGGGACUCGAUAAUUUGGGAUCUCGUCCCGGUGUCCCCCUGCAAUUGCAAAUGCUUCCGUCAACAAAUCAACAAUGUUAUGAUGCUGAAUAUGCGCGUAUGGAAGCAUGGAUGGAUGAGAAUCAAGAAUUUGUACAGGAUUAUUUUAUAAGAAAAGCAACACGCCAAGUUGUUGAUGCAUGGUUGGUUUCACAUGCAACAUCAGCUGGUAAUGAUGGUUCACCAACUCAUGGAAAUGUACAGAAUUGCUCAUCGCGUGGUGGUUCUGGUGCCACCACGCCAGUAAGAAAAAUAUCAGCUCAUGAGUUUGAACGUGGUGGUCUACUUAAACCAAUUGUGAACACAAUCGACGGCACACCGACAUUCUUAAGCGUUAGUACACAAAAUGAUUGCUCGGCAAACACGUCAUGCGGCCAACCAGGUGGAUAUGGAUAUCACAAUGGUGGCCAAUACUUUCAUCGACCGCAAAGGCUUUCGAGGAACGAACUUAAGCAGCUCGACGAGAAGGAAUUGAUUUUUGAAUUGGUUAAAGAUAUCUGCAACGAACUUGAAAGUCGAUCUUUGUGUCAUAAAAUCCUGCAAAACGUUUCAAUUCUCCUUAAUGCUGACCGAGGCUCUUUAUUUUUGGUACAAGGCAAAUGCAAUGGCUCGGAAGGAUCAAAAAAGUGUCUUGUGUCAAAACUUUUCGAUGUUUGUCCCCGAAGUACGGUUGAAGAAAUGGAACAACAAGAAGAAGUUCGAGUCGCAUGGGGAACUGGUAUCGCAGGACAUGUUGCUGAAAGUGGUGAACCAGUUAAUAUACCAGAUGCUUAUAAGGAUAACCGAUUUAAUUGUGAAAUAGACAGCAUUACAGGCUAUCGGACCAAAGCUUUAUUAUGUAUGCCAAUUAAGGAUUCAUCUGGUGAUGUAAUUGGUGUAGCACAAGUCAUCAAUAAAUUAGGUGGCGAACGUUUUAGUGAAAAUGAUGAAAAGGUAUUUGCUUCCUAUUUGCAAUUUUGUGGCAUUGGCCUUCGUAAUGCACAACUUUAUGAAAAAUCUCAAUUGGAAGUCAAACGUAAUCAGGUCCUGCUCGAUUUGGCCCGAAUGAUAUUCGAAGAGCAGAGCACAAUUGAGCACAUGGUAUUUCGUAUCCUAUCACAUAUGCAAAGUUUAAUACAAUGCCAAAGAGUUCAAAUAUUAUUGGUGCAUGAAGCGUCCAAGGGUAGUUUUUCACGGGUUUUUGACUUUGAGGCAAAUGACUUAAGUGAAGAGGAUUCAAUAUCAAGAACAAGCCCAUUCGAGUCGAGAUUUCCAAUAAAUGUAGGAAUUACAGGUCAUGUUGCUACAACGGGUGAGACUGUUAAUAUACCAAAUGCAUAUGAAGAUGAUAGAUUUGAUCCGAGUGUGGAUGAGGGGCAAACAUUCAAACACAAAUCAAUCCUUUGUAUGGCUAUAAAGAAUUCGUUAGGUCAAAUUAUAGGUGUAAUUCAAUUAAUAAAUAAGUUCGAUGAGAUGAUCUUUACCAAAAACGAUGAGAAUUUUGUUGAGGCGUUUGCGAUUUUCUGCGGAAUGGGCAUUCAUAAUACCCAUAUGUAUGAAAAGGCUAUUGUGGCAAUGGCUAAGCAGAGUGUCACUUUAGAGGUCCUUAGUUAUCAUGCAUCCGCAUCAAUGGAUGAUGCUCAUCGCUUGAGGACGUUAAAGGUUCCUUCGGCGGCGCAUUUCCAACUGCACGACUUUAAAUUCGAUGACAUCACAUUUGAAGAUGAUGAUACAUUAAAGGCUUGCUUGCGAAUGUUCCUCGAUUUGGAUUUUGUAGAACGUUUCCAUAUUGACUACGAAGUUCUAUGUCGAUGGUUGCUGAGUGUGAAGAAAAAUUAUCGCAACGUAACGUAUCAUAAUUGGAGGCAUGCCUUUAAUGUAGCUCAAAUGAUGUUUGCCAUUUUAACGGCCACACAGUGGUGGAAUAUAUUUGGAGAAAUCGAAUGCCUUGCCUUAAUCAUUGGUUGCCUGUGUCACGACCUGGAUCACCGGGGGACCAAUAAUUCAUUUCAAAUUAAAGCCUCAUCACCCUUAGCGCAAUUAUAUUCCACAUCCACAAUGGAACAUCAUCAUUUCGAUCAAUGCAUUAUGAUCUUAAAUAGUCCUGGGAAUCAAAUUUUAUCGAAUUUAUCAUCAGAAGACUACAGCCGUGUAUUAAAUGUCCUUGAGGAUGCAAUCCUUUCGACUGAUUUAGCUGUCUAUUUUAGGAAACGCGGACCAUUCCUAAAAUAUGUCGAAGAGAAACCAAUGAGUUAUUGGGCGUCCGAUGAGCCCCGUGCACUAUUACGUGCUAUGAGCAUGACAGUCUGUGAUUUAUCGGCCAUAACAAAGCCGUGGGAAAUUGAAAAACGUGUAGCGGAUUUGGUGAGUUCAGAAUUUUUUGAACAAGGUGACAUGGAAAAGCAGGAAUUAAAUAUAACACCCAUUGAUUUAAUGAAUCGGGAAAAAGAAGAUGAACUUCCGAUGAUGCAAGUGGGUUUUAUUGAUUCUAUUUGCCUGCCAAUUUAUGAGGCCUUCUCUCAACUAUCAGACAAACUAGAGCCUCUAGUCGAAGGUGUAAGAGAAAAUGCUCGCCAUUGGAUAGAACUAGCCAACCAAGUACAAAAUAAACCAAAUAAUCGAGGCUCAGCGGAUAAUUCACCCAAUAGCAAUAGCGGAGAAGAAGCUGCUCCCGAACCUGAUGUGAAACAGGAUCAGGAUCAGGAUAGCGAUAACAUCUCGAAUGAUUUUAAUUCCACGACAAGCAAUGGCUCAACACCACCUCCUCCAGCACCACCACCUGAAAACGAAAAUCAAAAGAACGACGAUGACGACGAAGACGACACAUCGUCACUCCAAGCAAUAGUUCCACAUUUCCCAGUGAAAGUUAUGACCGCUACUCGAAGCCGAACGCUUCGAAAUAAUGCCUCACAAUCAGUCAAGUCCAAAAACUGCAAAAACUGUGAACUCAUGCGAAAUAAUAACAUUCGCAAAACGGCAAGCCUCAAAAACCAAAACGAACUCCAACAACAAAUAAUGUUGUCGCAGAAAUCCCAAAACGGUACAAGUUACUACAGCAACAGCAACAGUACGACGACGACGCCACCACCUUCGGCUGCCCUAAUGAUGGGCAGUUCCGAAGAAGGCGGCAUUGCCCACCAACAUGCAACAGAGAGUGAUAAGAUACCAAAAAUCGUAGGUAAAAUCGGUAACAAUGAACGGCAGUUCUUUUUUGCACAAAAUCAAAAUGGAAUUAUUUUCGAGCCCAAUGGGCAACUACCCUUUAUGCCCGGCGACCUGCAACGAAGAAGGCAUUCCGAGACCAAUGGCUGUUUCAAUAAAACAACAAUAUUUGACAAGUAGUAGUGCUGUCAAAUGCGUACUGUUUGUAACAUAGUAGCGGCACUGGCAAAACUGGAUAGCCUAAGGGGUUUCGGUUGAAUUCAGAAAAAAAACAACAAAGAUUUCAAAAAAAUACAAAAAUCAAAAUAAAAACAACCUUAAAUGAGUUCUUUAAUAGAUUAAAAAUCAAAAAAUAGUAAUUUUUGAAUAUUUAUUUCUUUCUUGUAAAAUGCUUGUAAAUAGUUAAACUAUAAAUUUAGACCUAAGAGAAUGAUUUAACUUAAUCUAAAAUAGCGAGUUUGAUACUGAGAAACACAAAGUGAUUGUAAUUUUGUUGUGAAACAAUUUCAAAUAAAAAAAUAUAACAAAAAUA